AUGUCCGGAGAGAUCAGGCGCAAGCUCGUCAUCGUCGGCGACGGCGCGUGCGGUAAGACGUGUCUCCUUAUCGUCUUCUCCAAGGGCAUGUUCCCCGAGGUCUACGUCCCUACCGUCUUUGAGAACUACGUUGCCGACGUCGAGGUCGAUGGCAAGAAGGUCGAGCUGGCCCUUUGGGAUACCGCCGGCCAGGAGGACUAUGACCGUCUCCGUCCCCUUUCGUACCCGGACUCGCACGUCAUCCUCAUCUGUUUCGCCGUGGACUCGCCCGACUCGCUCGACAACGUCCAAGAAAAGUGGAUUUCCGAGGUGCUGCACUUCUGCCAGGGCCUCCCCAUCAUCCUCGUUGCGUGCAAGAAGGAUCUCCGCGACGACCAGAAGACCAUUGCCGACCUGGCCCGCAUGAACCAGCGCCCCGUCUCGCGCGCCGAGGGUCUCGCCGUCGCUCAGAAGAUUGGCGCCGCCGGCUACGUCGAGUGCUCGGCCAAGUCGGGCGAGGGUGUCCGCGAGGUCUUCCAGACCGCCACCCGCUACGCUCUUUCGCUGACAACAACCCCCCUCCCUCUCCAGUCCAAGAAGAGCCGCCCCUCGAACGGCAAGAAGAAGCCCUGUGUCGUUCUCUAG